AUGUUCGAACGUGAUCUCCUCGAGGGUCUUGGCCUGUACCCCAUAGUCCUCGAGGAGGGGAUCCAUGCCACUCGAGUGACAGUUCAUGUCUCUUCUGGUGGGAGUUACUUCCCGGGCACCACCGAGCGUAUCAUGGUCCUCAGCGGGAGGCCUGCGAACGUUCGUGCUGCUUUGCAAGAGGUCGUCGGCAAGUUCGAAAUCUGCAAUCAAAUUGCUCAGACUCAGACGACUUCCUUCGGCACCGCCAAAGUGCCAAGCCGUCCUGGUUCAUCGCCGACAGUGCUUCGUUUGGUCGUACCCAACUCUAGCGUUGGGACCCUUAUGGGCAAGCAGGGCAAGGAAAUUAAGCGGCUGGCUUUGAUUUGUAGUGUCAACAUCAAGAUCUCACCCCGCCUCGAUGGAGUGUUAGAGCGCAUCGUCAAUAUCACCGGCGCUGCUAGUCAGUGUACCCUAGCGGGUUGUUUGAUCACUGAAAGCAUCCGUGGGAACCUGCACGUCUCGGAGCAUGCCAACACACUGGCCUAUACUGCUCAUCAGCAUGCACAAGCCAGUAAGCAGGCCGAGACUUUCCAGGAGCUCAUCAGCGCGCCCUCUGGUGCGGUCGCUAGCGCUCACGCGUUACUCAAGGAGCUGUCUGGACCCCCGAAGGGUGUCUCUGGCUCUGCGCUUGACUCAGCCCGUCAUAAAAAUGGGGUCUCUAAGGGCGAUGUUAAGCUGCCACUGCAAAUAGCAUUGGAGGAGAAGAUGAGGCGCUGUUUGCGCUCUGCCAUACAGGACGGCCUAACGAAAGAGGCCACUAGGAAGGUGGCUCAGCUGGAGAGGGAGAUCCUAGGCCUGGGACCUACACCGGAGCUCAGUCUCAUCGCUCAAGCACUGAACGCUGGGAUGACUGAUCCGAACACGACAGCAGUUGGUCAUGCUACAGCUCCUCCUGGGGGGAAGACUGUGGCAAGCUCUACUGCUGAGCUCUAUAGGCAAUUGCUUGACGAGAGAGCGACUGUUGCUGCCAUGAUGGGUACUGCUGAUGAGGGGGUGCCUCCUCCAGUUGAGAUGAUGAUGACUGUUGAUACUGCUAUCGUUGGACCUGCGGUCACCUCUGCUAAUGUUGGCGGCCCGGCAUCAAAGUUGAAUUUCGAUUAUCUUCGUCACUCUAGUAGGGGGGAGGGCGAGGCCGGUGAGUCCACGUGCAGCGAAUCCUCGUUGAAGUUGUUAUCUGCUGCUGCUGGAUUUUCCGUUGACCCUGUGCAAGGAAAGCACGAGAGUGGGAAAAACAAUAAAUGA